AUGGCUAGCCCAGAAUGUUCAUUCAGAGGGUCGCUAUAUCAACCAUUAGUCGACCCACACAGGAGUGCCCCAAACCCUUGUUUUGUCGCUUCUACUUCUACUAUUGCCCAAGGCCUUCUGGGCGUGUUCGUCUUAGUUCAGAUCUUGUUGGUAUUCUAUACCCAUUAUGGACCUCACCGGAUCAGGUACUCUUUUGGUAAUGCUUUAUCCACGAGAAGUGUUGGUUUAUUUCAAUUAGUACGCGUACUGUUGGCCUUGCUUCAUGGUACUCUCCUUCUUGCCUUGACUCACACUCUUUAUGAGAAUAAUGCUAGACUAGUGACUACUCAAUUAGCUCUAGUGCUGCUGGUUGUCACCUUUGCCACGGUUGUACCUCUCCACGUUUUGGAAGUCACACGUUCUGUGGUUGGCCACGGCUCGUUAUUAUUGUACUGGUUCAUCUCGGCAUUACUGUUUUCUAUCAUCACAGCGAUUGAUUUGUUUUCUCCCCAUAAAGUGUUCGUUCCUUCUUCAGGUAAGAAAGCAGCUUCUUUUACUUAUACCCUCGAGUUUUCAUUGAUUAUAAUAUCGACUAUCAAUUUCAUUCUCGAGAACCAUUAUUAUUUGCCUUCGAAGGAGCUCUUGGAGUACUUUGACUUGAAUGGAUGGGAUCCUUCGACGGUUAAGAAUCUCGUUGAAACUCUUCUCUUCACCUGGGUGACGCCCUUGUUGGGAAGAAUCCAAGCAAAGGAUUCCUUCGAAAAGGACGAAAUUCCGAAUGUUGCACCUGGCUAUGCAAAUGAUGUUUUGUUCCAGAACCUCGAAGCAGCUUGGAACAAUGAGAUCAAAAGGGCUACCUGGUGGAGAGAUCGAAGAGUUUCAAAGAGCAAGGAACCCACCGAGGAAGAACGCAAAAUCAAGCCCUCUCUUCUCCUUGUGAUUUUUAAGCUCAAUUGGUCCAAAAUUAUUGCUGCAGCGCUUCUUAGAUUCGCCGAUGUUUUACUUUCGACAGCCAACCCCUUCUUUGUGAAGGCCUUCAUCAAAUUCUUUGCUCUGUACACAUUUUUUAAAGGAUCAGAGCAAGGACCCCCACUCAUACAAGGAUUUGCGUUGGCGUUUGGUAUUUAUGGUAUAUCUGUGGCAAAAUUCUUAGCUGGAAGUGUUGCGGAAGUCUUGUUUUCAGAAGUUGACUUCGGCGUACGUUCUGCUCUUAUCACUUCCACUUACGAGAAAGCUAUCAAGUUGUCACCGGAGGCAAGAACACACAAAACUGCCGGUGAAAUCAUCAAUCAUGUCUCCAUUGAUAUAAAUGGUGUAUCUUCAUGGCUUCACCAGGCGUCAUCUGUUCUAGUUGCGCCGGUACGCUUAGUAUUAUCGCUAGGUGCGUUAUACAAACUUCUUGGAAACUCUACAUGGGCGGGCUUUGGAGUUAUAUUGGUGUUAUCACCAAUUUCGUCCGUAAUGGGGUUUUCCCUUGCAUCGUUAUUCAAGGCGCAAAUGGAGUACAAGGACAAGAGAAUCAAACUCACAUCAGAGAUCCUCAACUCCAUUAAGUCACUCAAACUCUACUCCUGGGAGAAGCCUAUGCUCGAAAAGCUCAAUAAGGUGAGAAACACCGAAGAGCUCCAGUACCAGAAAAGAAUUGGAGUAAACAUUGCUGCUAGUCAAUUGGUGUGGGAAAGUAUUCCUGACUGGAUCACGUACACUGUGUAUGCUGUUUAUGGUAUUUACAGCAAGCUGCCUCUUACGCCAGACAUAGUGUUUUCUUCUUACUCGCUUUUCAACCAGCUCCUUCAACCUAUCAUUAUGAUUCCCUUCUUGCUUAUCAAUCUUCUCCAAGUGCGGGUUCAUCUGUCUCGAUUGGAAUCCUACUUCUCCUUGGAUGAGUUGAACACGCCAUUUAAUCACACCAACAAGCCAUUGAAAGAGGGAGAUGUCAGUGUAUCCUUGAAGAAUUCCUGGUUCUUUUGGACUCAAAAAGACGCCGAUGACUCUGAGAAUGAAACAAGCUAUGCAUUGAAGGAUAUAAAUUUUGAAGCCAAAAAGGGUCUGUUGACCUGUAUUGUUGGUAAAGUGGGAUCAGGAAAAACUACCCUUUUGAAGUCAAUUAUCGGAGAGCUCCCCACAUCAAGCAAAAGGAGUCAUCUGGAGGUAAAUGGAAAAAUUGCUUAUUGUGCUCAAAAUGCUUGGAUCCUUAAUGCAACUCUUAAACAGAACAUUCUUUUUGGCAAGCGAUUCAACGAGGCUUUCUAUAAUAAAACAAUUGAAGCUUGUCAAUUGCUACCAGACCUCGAAGCUUUACCGAAGGGUGAUGCAACACUUGUGGGUGACAAGGGAAUAUCUCUCUCAGGUGGCCAAAAAGCCCGUCUUUCGUUAGCUAGAGCGGUUUAUGCUAGAGCAGAUAUUUAUUUGUUGGAUGAUGUUUUGUCAGCGGUCGAUUCGUACGUUGGAAAGAAAAUUAUCGAUGCUGUAUUGUCAUCCAAGGGUUUAUUGGCUUCAAAGACGAUUAUUCUUGCUACCAACUCUGUCAAGGUUCUUAAGGAAGCUGGCCAAAUUUACUACAUCAGUAAAGGAGAAAUUCUUGAGCACGGAUCUUACAAAACUGUUAUACAACAAGGAGGAGAUUUAGCUACCCUUAUAAAGGAGUUUGAAGAGGAGUCAAAUAAUCAUGCUUCAGAAGGAGAAGAAGAAGAAGAAGCAUUUAAUGAAACGAAAACCCUGGAUGCUGCUCCUUCUGCCCCAAUUUUGUUGUCAGACCUGAGUGGUUUGUCCCAUGACACUAUUGUGCCUUUGAAAAGAGUAAAGAGUAAUCAGACAAUUGGAAAUGCGUCAUUAGUAUCGUUUGGCCAUGUCUAUGCGGAUGACAAUCAACCCACCAAAGGUGAAGAUGACGAAGAUAGUACCCAAGAAAAGAAACAAUCUGGAAGCGUAAAAGCCCGGGUCUUUCUUGAAGUUGCUAAAGCUAGCAAAUACCAGUUUGUGAUUCUAUGGGCUGUCGUGAUCUCCCUAGCAGUAAUUAUUGGUAUCUAUCGUAACUUGAUCUUGAAGCUGUGGUCAGAAAAGAACGAGAAGUCAGGGGAAAAUGUUCAAUUGCGCUUCUAUCUUUCAUUGUAUGCUGCUACAGGUGUGCUCGUUGCACUUAUCAAACUUGUUGGAAGCUAUGUCUUAUGGGCUUUCUGUGCUUUGAAUUGUGCCAAGUUCUUUCAUGAUCGAAUGGCCCGCAGUGUUAUAAAAGCCCCAAUGUCAUUCUUCGACACUACUCCAAUUGGACGAAUCUUGAAUAGAUUUACCGACGAUGUUUCAGUCCUGGAUAGCCUGGUCCUUCCUUUAUUCGGAUACUUAUUUGAAGCCGCAAUCCUGACUUUAAUUCAGGUUGCCACGAUAUUGGUAAACUUACCGGGAUUGACCAUUGUGGUCUUGUUGCUUUCUGCUCUUUUCCUUCAAUACAGAAAGUGGUACAUUCCAGCUUCAAGAGAGCUUAAACGUCUUCAGUCCACGUUGAAGAGUCCUAUUUUCUCACAUCUUCAAGAAUCUAUUGACGGAACUGAAACGUUGAGGGCGUACAGUGAACAAGAGAGGUUCAAAUAUCUCAGCAGAAGGUUGGUUGACGACGUUACCAGAGCUUCACUUCUUUCCGUGAAUGUCAACCAAUGGUUGUCGAUAAGGCUUCUGUCUUUAUCCUCAAUCAUUGUAUUAGCUUCUACAAUACUGUGCCUCCUUACCUUGUUGACGAAGCAUCCCCUUUCUACCGGAAUGGUUGGCUUCCUUUUAGCCUAUGCGGUAUCUUCUACUAGUUCGCUCGAUAUGAUUAUCAGAAUAGCCUCUAGUGCUGAAGUCAACUUGGUAUCGAUCGAAAGGUUGAUUGAAUACGCAAACUUGCCCCAGGAAGCUCCAGAAGUGAUCGAAGACCAUAGACCACUAAGUAAUUGGCCAGCUCAAGGAACGAUUAAUUUUGAUAAUUAUUCAACAAGAUAUAGAGCUGGACUUCCUUCUGUAUUGAAAAGCAUUAACGUUCAAUUCAAGCCGUCUGAAAAGGUUGGAAUCGUGGGAAGAACUGGAGCUGGAAAAAGUUCCCUUACCUUGGCACUUUUCCGUUUGAUAGAAGCCACUGGUGGUACCAUCAACAUUGAUGGGAUAGAUUCGAGCCAGAUCGGUAUUGCUGAUUUGAGAGAAAAGCUCAAUAUCAUUCCACAGGAUGCACAUGCUUUUGCUGGAAGCGUGAGAGAAAACUUGGAUCCAUUCGGCAGAUACAGCGAUGAAGAGUUAUGGCGUGUUCUUGAAUUGGCUCACUUAAAGGAUCAUAUUGAGUCUUUGGCAAAACCUUCCAAAGAUGAUGCUGAAGAUGCUAACAAAGAUAAUGAAAAUGAAGAAAGCCGUGAUCAGAAUGGCCUCGAUGCCAAGAUUUCGGAGGGAGGCUCCAACUUAUCUUCAGGCCAGAAACAGUUAUUGUGUCUUGCUCGUGCUCUUUUGAAGCCUUCCAAAAUUUUAGUUCUCGACGAAGCAACCGCUUCAGUUGAUGUGCAAACAGACAAGAUCAUUCAAGAGACCAUAAGGAAAGAGUUCAAAGAUAAUACCAUUAUCACAAUUGCUCACAGGUUGGAGACUGUGUUAGAUAGUGACAGAAUUCUCGUGCUUGAUAAAGGAGAAGUGAAAGAGUUCGACACACCGAAAACCCUAUUGGCCAAUAAAUCGAGUGAGUUUUACUCCUUGUGUAAGGAGGGCGGUUUCAUUGACGAUAAGGGUUUGAAGAAAUCAAGUUGA